GUUUGAUUCGAAAAUUAUCGCGUCGGCAUCGGCGGCUCCGCAAUUUGUUUAAAAUAUUUGAAUUUCCUUGUACAAAAUAAUAUUUAAAAAGCUACUUGUGUGUUUGGUGUUUUUUUUUCUGCAAAAAUAUUUAAAAGAGAUUUGAGCGAUACCCAAAUGCUAAGCAAAAUGUCGCAACCAAAUAAUGCAGCUGGAGGAGGAGCUGCAGGAGCAGCUCCCUCAGGACGUCGCCUACCCUUAAGUUUGAGUGGUUCUGGUAGUGGUGGUGGUGCCAGUGCAGUAUCUCGUCUCCAGCAGCCGGGAUCGGGCGGCACCAAUGGUCGUUCAAAUAGCCCUCAAACUGGCGCCAAGAAGGUGGCAGAGCAAUCUGCCUCCGUUGCAGUAGGAGCUGGACCAAUUGUGUCACUUAAAAAGACCAGCACAAGUCAAUUGCGUUCGUCAUCAUCGUCGUCGUCCAAAGAUGAGGAUAAAAACAAUCAAAAUGGUGUUCAGAAAUCAUCUACAAAUGGCAAAGAAAAGACACCACAAAAUGGUGGUAACAAUGCCUUUACCACGACCAAGGAACAAAAAGAGCAAAAAACCAAGGAGAAGGUGGAUAAAGUAGCAGAGAAAAAGGAAAGCGCUAAACCAUCAAGCCAGGAGGUGGCCAAUACAAAGUUGUCCUCAUCAUCUCAAAAGGACGCCAAAAAAUUGCCUAUGGAGACUGAGAUCCCAGCUGUUGCUCCUCCAGCUUCAAAACCUGUGAGCGAUGAUGUGAUCGUGGUAUUGGAGGACACAAAGCCAUCACAGGUGCCGGCUCCGUUGCCCACCACUCCCACCAGUGAGCGAAAGUCCACACGAAAGACAGCUAACCAGAAAUCUCCAGUCUUGCCCAAGCAGCAAGGAUCAGGAUCCAUAUCAGCUUCACCACAGCAACAAAAGAAGCAAGAACAGCAACAGCAGCCGACUGAAUCAGAUGUUGCCGCUGCCGCUCUACCCAUGGAUGCAGAUGCAGAGAUGGAAUCGCUUCAAGUAGAUGCUUCACCCAUACGGAAAAGCAUCGAAAGUGUUGGUAGCCAAAAUGCUCAACCGGCAGCCACAUCCACGCCGGGACGCAAUCUUUUCGGCUUCCGUGCCAACAGCAAGCAGAUUAAUGAAGUGGAACUGGCCGCCCAGCCAUCCGUUUCGCCGGCCACUGCUCCAGCUCGUACAUUUGCUCAGAUUAGUGGCAGACGGAGCAUACGCCCAAUGAACUUUACCCCAUCCAAGGCAGGAAGCUAUCGUUGUAUUGCCAGCGAUUUGGAUACCUCCAACUGCACCAAUGUCAGCAUGAAUGCCACUGUGGGCUCUGAGAUCCCCAACAAUUCAUCAUUCUCGUUCUCAUUCUUUGGUCGUGGUCGCAAGCGAGAGCGUACUCCACCACCACCCUUGUCUGGGUCCCAGUCGGCCAACGAUUUGGCCCAGGAUGUGGAUAUGUCGCCACCAAAACGUGCUCGCUUCGAGUUUUUCAGCUUGAAUUUGGCCUCACCAUUCAGUUUGUUGCGUUCACGUUUCUCCAAGACGACCAUUAGCACACCCACGACACGCUUGCAUCUGGACGAGGACAAUGGAGAAGUGCAAAACGUUUCUGGCAUUAUUGUUGAGGAGGAGCAGCAGCAAUCGAAACUGAACACCAGUAAUGAGGAGCAGCCAACUAUAGGCCAAGAGGCUGGCCUGGAAACACCUAAGAAGGGUGGUUCACCGAUCAAAGAAGAUGCCACUGAUGAUGAGAAGAAGCAGCCGGAGCAGCAAGACGAAAAUCUUGAUGAGAAAGACCUGGCCAAGGGUGCUAUUGAACUUGAUGUCUCUGCUGCUACUGAUGAUUCGGUUGUCGAGACCGAAGGUCGAUCUCGUUGCUCCAUAAUGUAAACGAACCUUCCGUUAAGCUCUAGAAUUUAUAUGUCAAUCUUAUUAUUAUGUAUUUGUCCCUUUUUGUAAUUUGUGUUUCGAAAGAAAUUACUUGUAAAGGAGACCAAAUCCCAAGCCAACAACUGCCACUUGGCAUUCGAUCGUCAUUCCAAAAAUUUGGAAAUACUUUGCCAAGACUGGUUGCUGGUUGCGUUGAUUCCUCACUGGAUGGUUGUGUCCCUCCUGUAUUAAGGCCACGCAUAGCCAUCCACUGACGAAUCGCUUUUAUAUUAAGAUCAAACAUCAAUUAGAAAUAGAUCAGUACCCAGGAUGAAGUGGGUACACAAUACACAAUAUUACAACAUAUACAGAUAGAAAUCCCAGCAAACCUGUACAAGAAAAAUGUUUUACUCAACGUCUCGAUUUUUUGUCUCUUAUAUUCAUGCGAAAAAUAUUGUAAUUUGUUGUUUAAGUAAAAAAUAAACAAAAAUAAGAAAUUUAUAUCAGCAAAACAUGAUUUUGUAAAAAUGUAACGCUAACAUCAUUGAUAAAUAAAAGGCAUUUUAUAAUAAACAUCAA